AUGAGUUUCAUAGAAGAGAAACCACAUCUGUGCUCUGAGUGUGACAAAAGCUUUACAUGUAAAUCACAUCUUCUCAGACAUCAGAGGAGUCACACAGGAGAGAAACCAUUUAUAUGUUCUGAAUGCAGCAAGUGUUUUUCCCAUAAGACUCACCUUGUUAGACAUCUAAGAAUUCACACAGGAGAGAAACCAUUUAAGUGCUCUGAAUGCAGCAAGUGUUUUAUUGAGAAGCAACAUCUUGUUACACAUGAGAGGAUUCACACAGGAGAGAAACCAUUUAAAUGCUCUGAAUGCAGCAAGUGUUUUAUCGAGAAGAAAAAUCUUGUUACACAUCAGAGGAUUCACACAGGAGAGAAACCAUUUAAAUGCUCUGAGUGCAUCAAGUGUUUUACAGAGAAGCAACAACUUGUUAGACAUCUAAGGAUUCAUACAGGAGAGAAACCAUUUAAGUGCUCUGAAUGCAGCAAGUGUUUUAUUGAGAAGCAACAUCUUGUUACACAUCAGAGGAGUCACACAGCAGAGAAACCAUAUAAAUGUUCUGAAUGCAUCAAGUGUUUUACUAGAAAUACAAAUCUUAUUAAUCACAUGAUGAGUCACUCUGAGGGCCUGAAUGUAGCAUGUGUUUUAUAA